CCCGGAAGUGCAACCUCGGCACAACUACUUGGGCUUCUGUUGUAGGCGCCGAGCAGCAGCCCUGCUGGGUCCGAGUCCCGUCAGGCCGCUGGGUGACCUUUAGAACAGUCAGUGGAAUAGUAACGAUUAGUCAUUUCGAACCUGUUGGGUCCUCUAAAUGCAUCGACUUACUUUUGACAUGCGCGUGCAGCCGUUUGACAUUAGCAUCUUAGCUUAGCCACUUCACUGCUGAAGUUUGCGACUGUUGCUUUGGUGAAGUCAUUUUUAUUUUCCUAAAAUGGAACUUUCCCUUGUCAUUUUGGGAGGGUCAGCCUUCGUGACGACCUGUGGACUAGCGCUUGCUGCCUACAAACUUGGGCUGUUUUACCGGUUGUUUCACAAGACAGAGACAAAGAGUCCACGUCAUGGAGGUGAAAGUGUGGCCGAGGUCCUCCGUGCCCACGGAAUCAAGUAUGUCUUCACCCUGGUCGGUGGACACAUCUCACCCAUUCUGGUGGCUUGUGAGAAGAUGGGCAUUCGGAUUGUGGACACUAGACAUGAAGCUACUGCUGUCUUCGCUGCAGACGCAGUGGCCCGCCUCUCAGGUACCGUGGGCGUGGCAGCUGUGACUGCAGGUCCAGGCCUCACCAAUACAGUGACGGCGGUGAAGAACGCUCAGAUGGCCGAAUCCCCGCUGUUGCUCAUUGGUGGCGCUGCUGGCACACUUCUGCAGGGCAGAGGAGCGCUACAAGACAUCGACCAGAUGUCUCUGUUCAAACCACUGUGCAAGUUCUGUGCCUCCAUCAGGACCGUCAGGGAAAUCGUGCCUACUAUACGGAGAGCUCUGGCCGUCGCCCAGUCUGGAACUCCCGGUCCUGUGUUUAUAGAGUUCCCCAUCGACACCCUUUACCCCUUCCACCUGGUGUCUAAAGAGUUUGCCGUCAAAAACCCACCCAAAGGCCUGAUGGGGCAGAUAGUGUCAUGGUACCUCACCAACCACCUUAGUAACCUUUUCGCCGGAGCGUGGGAGAUACGAGACGUUUCCCCACUUCCUGUUGACAUCCCACUGGCCUCAGACUCUCAGGUGCAGACAUGUAUAGAGCUGGUGAGUCGAGCCAAAAAGCCUGUCUUUGUACUGGGAAGCCAAGCAACUCUACCUCCCACGCCAGCAGACGAUGUGCGAAAAGCUCUGGAGAGUCUGGGCCUCCCCUGCUUCCUAGGAGGGAUGUCACGUGGCCUGCUGGGUAAAGACAGCCCCAUCCACAUCAGGCAGAACCGACGUGAUGCUUUGAAGGAGGCGGACCUGGUGGUCCUGGCUGGCACCGUGUGUGACUUCCGAAUGAGCUACGGUCGAGUUCUGAGCCGGCGCAGCAAGAUCAUCGCCGUCAACAGAGACCAGUCGCAGCUGAUGAAGAAUUCCGACAUGUUCUGGAAACCCACUGUUGCCAUCCAAGGAGACGCCGGGUCGUUUUUAGUCCGGCUCGCUGAAGGCCUGAAGGGCCAUGGUUGUCCUGCAGAGUGGCUGCAGGCCCUUAAAGCAGGAGACGUGACCAAAGAGAAAACAAACAGAUCAAAGGCUGAUGAGAAGACGGAGCAUCACCUGAACCCCCUGAAGGUUCUCCACCUGGUGGACGAGCUCAUGUCAGAUGACAGUAUCAUCGUUGCUGAUGGCGGUGAUUUUGUGGGAAGUGCUGCCUACAUCAUGAGACCCAGAGGACCGUUGCGCUGGCUGGAUCCAGGGGCAUUUGGGACCCUGGGAGUCGGAGGAGGCUUCGCUCUCGGGGCCAAACUGUGUCGACCUGAAUCCGAGGUUUGGAUCGUCUAUGGGGACGGAUCGUUGGGAUACAGCGUUGCCGAGUUUGAUACCUUCACGAGACACAAGACACCAGUGAUAGCGGUGGUGGGGAAUGACGCCUGUUGGAGUCAGAUUUCCAGAGAGCAGGUUCCCAUCCUGGGCAGCAACGUGGCGUGUGGCCUUGCUUUCACCGAUUAUCACACUGUGGCCGACGGUUACGGUGGGAAGGGCUACCGUGUCGGGCGUGAAGAUGAGGAGAGACUGUCGGACAUCAUCCAGCAGGCCCAGAAAGAGAGCCGCGAGGGCAAGGCAGUCCUUCUCAAUGUUCUGAUCGGGAAGACCAACUUCAGAGAAGGCUCCAUUUCCGUCUAGAGGUGCUGUCUCCAGUGAGACGCAAAGCAAUGCAGGGAUUGACCUUGCUGCAGCACCGUGGCACCUGAUGAUUUGGAAAUCAAGCCAGCGAGAUCACACCAAACCAUCACAGGUGGAGAAGCCGUUCCAGCUCCAGCUGCCAGUCACCUUAAUAACAACGAUGCGGCGGCUAAUUACAUCUCUAAUAUCUCAAGAAAAGACAGGAGAGAGGUAGUUUCCCUGUGUUUUAUUUAAAGACUGACUAGGAUUUGUGUGAUAUUACGUCACUUAUCCAUUAAAUUGAAUGGCUUGUAUUGGGACGUCUACAUUCCAAGUAAUAACCACAGAAGUUAUGAAGUAAAUAACCACUAACAAAUACUAUUGAAGGCUUGUUAAUUACAUAAUGACUACAAAACCUAUUCCUGUCUUACUGAUUGGAGUCCCAUGUUUGGGGAGCAGCCGUCAACAUACCAGAGGAACAUCACUGUAGCAACACACUGCUGGCGACACCUCGAACUGGGUUAUGAGUGAUCAUUGCUUUUGUGGAUUAGAAAAGGGUUUUUCAUGUUCUUAAAUCUGAAUUCAUGAGGAAAACAAAUGGACCUGAGGUUCCUGCAGAUGAUUGUGGGUGAACGCGUGGUUUUGCUAGUGAACAGAGCCUGAAUGCCUUUCCUCUUGUUGUUGAAUUAACAAGGAGCUUUUUUUAUGGUCUGUGAAAUCUUGAUAAUGACUUUGCACAGUGGCAAUGAAAUGCUUUCCAAUUCUGGACUGUACAUUACUGACACGCAGGAAUGUGUUGAUUGAAAAUGUUGGCUUUGGCAGGUUUGUGUUCAAACUAAAUGUGAGAACAUUUGCUUUACAAACCAAAUCUCAGUGAAAUGAUUAAAUAUAUUUAUGGAA